AGCAAACCACAUGGCAGGUAAUUGCAUUCAUUCGAUCCUGCAGCUGACCUUGAUUCGAAAAAGGUUGAAUCGGAACUGACAAGUACAUCGACGGGAUCGCAAAUCGCACCGUCCAUCAUGACAUUCACAUACGUGAUCGAACACAUGGAGGAGGAUGAAACGACGCCAAAAUCCCUCCCACCCUGGGUUGAGCUGGAAUAUGCGCAUAUGAUCAUGUUGGCUGGCAUCAACGGUCGAGUUGAGUUCACACAUCUAUCACACAACUCCAGUUCAUCGCUCGAUGCCCGGCUUGCCUCCAUAAAUGAACCAUCUGCAUCAUACCGCGUCCAUACUCAAUCAGUAAUGGAGCUGCUGGAGCAGAAUAACAUUCCAAUCACAAGAGUAUGUCUUCUUGACCCGAAAGCUCAAACAGUGCUCGCUCCGGAAGACGGCAAGAUUUUUGAUCAUUUCUUGUUUGGGGGUAUACUAGGUGAUGAUCCCCCUCGUGAUCGAACAUCUGAGCUCCGCCAACUUGGUUUUCCUUCGCGUCAGCUGGGUUCAAUGCAGAUGACAACAGAUACCGCGCUCGCUGUAACGAAGCGGGUUAUCGAUGACAAAGUGCAACUGAAUGCUAUACCUUACGUGGACUUUCCGACCAUCACAUUCAAUGCUAAAGAAAGCGUUGAAAUGCCUUUCCGGUAUAUUGUCAACGGCAAAGAACCCGUUUUACCCCCCGGAAUGCGGGAACUUCUGCAUGAGGAUCUUAACAAAAGUGUCAUCUUCUAAAACCACUUACAAUGUCACAUAGUAACUGCCGUUAUGGGGUUGACACGUGUUGGUCCUUACAUCCCCCUGGACAGUUUUGCGCCCUCAGACAGCAUCGUCUCAUGGCUGAAUAAAACCCGUUGGAUAUGUGUCUUAUCAUACAGAAUUGCUAAACCAGUAAAGGAU